GCCGUAGUUCGAAACUAAGAUUUCGAGGAAGUCCUUCGCUGGUUCGAAGUGACCGAUAUCGUUGCGUCACUUCGGGUACGUAUCUGUAUAUCGAUCGGUACCGAAUUUGGUAACUUGAGCCUUCACGCAUGGUCAUCACUGGUAGUUGCUGAGCAUUGCUGUGAAGCCACUCUUGUUUUCUGCCAUGUCGAUACCACGGCGAGGAAGAGUCAGGAUUGUAGCGCCACGUAGGCAUGGCCCAGAGUUUUCUGCACAACAGACAUGGUCAGAAUUGUCUAAGAACAUCAAGGAAAUUCAGAACCACAACGCCUCCAACCUUUCGUUCGAGGAGAACCACCGUUUCGCGUACAAUAUGGUUCUAUAUCGGCAGGGAGAAAUGUUAUACAAAGGUGUCAAGUCUCUCAUAUCAGAGAACCUAGAAUCUCUUUCAAGAGAGCAGGUUGUGCCAGUCUUUCCUUCCGGCGCGAGUCAGGAACCGCUGCAGAAAAGUAAUGAGGCGGAAAUGCUCUUAAAAGCAUUGAAGAGCAUAUGGGAUGACCAUCUAAGCAAUAUGUCAAAAUUGGGGCAGAUUCUGAAGUAUAUGGAUCGCGUGUAUACCAAAUCCGCAGAGGUACCAGAAACUUGGGAAACCGGUCUCGCAUUGUUCUUAGAACAUAUCUUCCGCCCACCGAUAAAAGAGCAUGUCGUAACAGCGAUAUUGAUACAAAUCGAAUUCGAGCGCGAGGGAUACACUAUCAAUCGUUCUGCCGUCAAGGGCUGUGUCGAUGUCUUCCUCACUUUGCAUGCUUCUGCGGGUGGCCCCACCGUAUACAAGGAUGAUCUCGAGCCUGACAUUCUGAAGGAGAGCCGUCUGUUCUAUGAGGCUGAGGGGAAAAGGUUGCUUGUUUCAUGUGAUGCUCCCGAGUAUUUGCGUCGCGUAGAAAGUGCCUUUCGGGCAGAGGAGUCCCGCGCGCAUCACUAUCUGUCGUCACAAACCGCUUUACCCUUGCGCCAAAUACUUCAAGACUGUCUCUUGACAGCACAUCUUGACCAUGUCAUAUCCAUGGAGAACUCCGGUUUGGAUGUCAUGAUCGACACAGACAAGAUAGAAGAUAUAGCAAGGCUGUACCAGUUAUACUCGAUGGUCCCUACGGGAAUGACUUGUUUGAAACGUGCUCUCAAGGACUCUGUUUCUAGACGUGGCCGUGAUAUCAAUCAGUCUUCAUUGAGCGCUGAUUGGGAUGAACCCGACGACGCCCAAGAAGAUAAUGCUAACGCGAGGGGGAAAGGGAAAUCCAAGCCCAACGCUUCAGUUCAGACAUUGGGCCUAGCUCUCAAAUGGGUUCAGGAUGUGCUUGAUCUUAAAGACAAGUUUGAUAUUGUAUGGAAGCGUGCAUUCGGCAGUGACAGGGAUCUUGAGAGCGCACUGGAUGAGGCAUUUGGAUCGUUCGUCAAUGUUAACAGCAGGUGCUCGGAGUUUAUUUCGCUCUUCAUAGACGAUCAUCUAAGGAGGGGGCUAAAAGGGAAAACCGAUACAGAGGUGGAUCUAGUCCUGGAUAAGACCAUCACUGUGUUCCGAUUCCUUGGCGAGAAAGAUGUCUUUGAGAGAUAUUACAAGGGUCAUCUUGCCAAACGUCUCCUUCUCAAACGGUCCGUCUCGGAUGAUGCCGAACGCGGGAUGCUAGCCAAACUCAAAGUUGAAUGCGGUUAUCAGUUCACGCAGAAACUUGAGGGCAUGUUCAACGACAUGAAGGUGUCGGCUGACACUAUGAACGAAUUCAAGAAUUAUCUACAGAAACCCGGAAUUUCGGGUCCCUGCAUCGAAUUAUCUGUUAUUGUGAUGACCGCAACGUUUUGGCCAAUGACCCAUUCCAGUUCGCCUUGCACGAUACCUCCACAAAUGAACAAAACGUGCAAACAGUUCGAGCAAUUUUAUCUGUCGCGGCAUUCUGGCAGACGGUUGACAUGGCAGUACUCCCUCGGAAAUGCCGAUGUACGGGUCAAGUUCAAGCAACGGAAACAUGACCUCAACGUUUCGACAUUUGCUCUGGUCAUCCUGCUUCUCUUUGAAGACGUGAAAGACGAUGAUUUUCUCUCUUACAAGGAAAUUCAAGAAUUGACGUCAAUAGACCAUGCUGAUCUCAAGCGUCACUUGCAAUCUUUGGCUUGUGCCAAGUUCAAGAUCUUGAAGAAACACCCACCAGGUCGUGAUGUUGACCCGUCCGACUCUUUCUGUUUCAAUUCGGAUUUUACGUGUCAACUUCAAAAGAUCAAAAUCAGCACCGUCUCUUCGAAGGUAGAAACCUCGAGCGAGAGGAAAGAAACGCGGGAUCGGAUUGAUGAAGAGCGACGUCAUCAGACUGAGGCGUGUAUCGUACGAGUGAUGAAAUUGCGUAAACACAUGACGCACAAUGAACUUGUCAACGAGGUGACGCCUCUUCUGGCUGGCCGAUUCCAACCCAAUCCUUUGGAUAUCAAGAAGCGGAUUGAAGGUUUAAUCGAGCGAGAGUAUCUGGAGCGAUGCGAGGAUCGUAAAUCCUACAAUUAUCUGGCAUAAAUCAUACCACCCAUCAUCACUGUAUCUCAAACCUGCACUGUAUUACCUGUUUUUCAACCGUGUGAUCGCUGACCUGGCCUUUCCCCGUGUCUAAUCUGUGCGGUCGAUUGAAAAAGGGAAACAUUAUAUACACGGGUAUAUACUGAAUUCAAGAGUAAAAGAUGUCCAUGAAUGACCCAUUACAAGGCAACGUCCAAUACCCCA